AUUAGCUCUGGUGCUGCGUUUUAACACGGCUUGUGCUGGAGUGGCUAACGGGUGCAGGUGGGUGUCCUGGGCAGAAGCCACGGAGCCUGCAUGCUGUCCCUGGAGUAGGAACCUGAGGAUGUGGAAAUUGUAGUUACAGGGCAGCAAGUAGGGAGGGUUCAGAAAUGUGCUCCUGGAGUGAUCGAUGCUACCUGACCUUGGGCAAACACGUGUCUCAGUGGUGUUAGGCAAUGCUGCUGGUAGGAUAAAAACCCCACCACCUCGCUGUGUCUGUCAGCCAGCUGAUGUGAACGGGGCUGUAAGGACAUUCUGUGUUAUUGAAGGAAGGUGUUCUUAUUUGUGUAGUGACUUAUGAUGUCAAGAACUGUAUCGUCCUGGAUCUUAACCUCAGCAAGAAACAGAAUUGUUUUACAAGGAAAAGGACGUUUGUACUCUGUCUGUAUCCCAAACAGAAACAAGAUAAAAUGGAAAUUUGUUUUCUCCAAAACACGUCCUUGCCCUGCUGGGAGCUGCGGCUUAGACAACACCUUCUCCUUAAAAAAAGCAUUCCGACACACUUCCACCGAGGAAGAACAUUUCUCUUUCCAGUUGUCUCCGUCGCAAAUCAAUGAAAUACUCAGAGCCGGCGAAUUAUCCCAUAAAAUCCUGGAUUUGAAUGGUAAAAAUACAAACUCGGUGUUGAGGUUUGAAAGUAACCAGUUGGCAUCCAACGCCCCUAUUGAAGACCGCCGAAGCGCAGCCACUUGCCUGCAGACCCAAGGGAUGAUGUUUGGGGUCUUCGAUGGCCACGCGGGCUCAGCCUGUGCCCAGGCGGUGGGGGAGCGGCUCCUGCACUACAUCGCGGUGUCUCUCAUGUCUCGGCAAACCCUGGAGGAGAUCGAGCUCGCCGUGGAGUGCAUGAAGCCUGUCCUGCCUAUUCUGCAGUGGCACAAGCAUCCCAACGACGUAGAGUAUCGAGAAAUAACCUCACAGUAUUUUGAAAGCCUCCGGGUGUACUGGCAGCAUUUGCUGGACUUAGAAACCGAGCAAGGGUUUAGUUUAGAAGAAGCCCUGAUAUCUGCGUUCAAAAGGUUGGACUCGGACAUAUCACUGGAAGUUCAGGCUCCCCAGGAAAACGAAUUGAUGAGAAAUAUUGCCCUUCAAGUGGCUUUUUCUGGUGCCACAGCCUGCGUUGCUCACGUUGACGGUGUUCACUUGCAUGUUGCAAAUGCCGGUGAUUGCAGAGCAGUUCUAGGGGUUCAUGAAGAAGAUGGAACGUGGUCUACUCUCCCUCUGACCCGGGACCAUAACGCCUUCGAUGAAUUUGAGAUUAGAAGACUGAAGAGAGAACACCCUAGGUCUGAGGAGAAAACCGUGUUUGUGAACGACAGGUUACUGGGGAUUCUCAUGCCCACCAGAGCUUUUGGAGACGUGCAAUUAAAAUGGAGUAAAGAGUUGCAGCACAGUGUUCUCGAGAACAGCUCUGAUGUCGAGGCUUUAAAUAUUUAUCAGUACGUUCCUCCAAACUACCACACACCCCCUUAUUUAAGCGCGGAGCCUGAAGUCACAUACCACAAACUAAGGAGCAAGGAUAAGUUUCUGGUUAUUGCUUCGGACGGACUGUGGGAGUUGCUGAGUAACGAGAAGGUUGUACAACUUGUUGCUGGACACCUUGCAGAGCUCAGUGCUCAGAAACCACAGCUGGCCUUGGAGAAGCCGGUGAAUUUGGGGUACAUGCACAGCUUGUUACUGCAGAGGAAGAACAGAGGCGUUGCCUCUCUUGACCAGAAUGCAGCUACUCAUUUAAUACGGCACGCGAUCGGGAGCAACGAGUACGGGGAGGUGGACCAGGAGAAACUCGCUGCGAUGCUGACGCUGCCCGAAGACCUUGCCAGAAUGUACCGGGAUGACAUCACAGUCACCGUGGUGUAUUUCAAUCCAGAGACAAUCGAAAAUUACUACAGAAACAAUGAGUAGCCACGGGGGCUGCUGCCCUUCUGUGCCACUGGCCAGCUUUGAUACUGAAACCAUCACUGCUUCUCUCUGAUAGUCCCAGUGUUACAGUCUUGGAGGUUUCUACGUCUUUUUGUUACUUACUAGUCUUGAAAAUAACUUUCUAGGAGCGAAUUUGGUGGAAGUUCCCUGGGUUUCCAGGUCUGCACGCACUGAAGAAAAAUGCUUUGAUAGAAGCUGAUUGAAAUGUAACUGAACUAAAAUUGCUGAGCCAGUUCUGAUUCUGUGGGAACCACUGGUAAAACUUUCCAAAUGAACAAACGAGACAAAUUUCACCAAGGCUGGUACAAUUUACUGGAGAGCUGGGUAAUACCUGUAGCUGCCUGGAGUGUAAGAAAGGCUCCGCUCCUGCGGAAAACGAGUAGCAUCCUAUUGAAGCACUGUAAUUGAAUUAAAUAAAUAACUAUCAAACCUUUA